AUGGUUGUCGAAGUGGUCGAAAAGGACUUUUAUUUCCAGUCAGAUUGGCACAGAACAGUAGAGUAAGUAUUUUACAGCAUAUAACGUUAAUUGUCAUGUGUAAUAUUGCUUUUAAUUGUAGAGAAAAACAAAAGGAUACAGAAAUCUUUAUGGGAUAUGUUGAUGGUGAGCGUGAGCUGAAUGUUACAAUUCCUAUUAACAAAUGGAAUAAAGGUUACAGCGACGAGAAGGUUCAACUCCAAGAACUGAACUCUCGACUUUUAAAUGUCAGGAUAAACUCGCUGAAUUUGGAUUUUUUGGUAGCUGCUCCAGCAUCUGGCAAGUAAAAUUUUUGAUGUUUGAUUUUUAGGUAAUAAAAUUGAAAAUUACAUCGCUGGCGAAAAAAGUUGUAUUUUUUAGUCAUGAAUAAUAUUAUUUUCCAGAAUCCGAGCAAGUUGGACCUCAACCUUUCAUCGACGUGUCUCCCUCAGGGAAUUUGGGUAUCUCAGCGUCCGAUUACAGCACAAUCAACACCUGGGACACGUCCAAUUUCAGUACUUUGAGAUCUUUGGAAGGCCAUGCUCUUGACGUCGAAGUCGCCCGUUUCUUCCCCUCAGGGCUAGUUGUCCUCUCCGGUGGAAUGGAUAUGACCGUCAGGAUCUGGGACGUGAGGGAUGGAGGGAAUGCAAGAACCAUGAUUGGUCAUAAAAGGCGUAAGUUAUAUUGAAUUUGGUGUUUUGAUUUCUAGGUGUGACUGGUCUCGAAUUCAUCGAUAAAGGAGCUGAAGUUCUGUCUAUCGGAGCUGAUGGAUCGUUGAAUAAAUGGAACUGUGCGGUUGGAAAGUCUGUUGGGCAGAUUGUUUAUGAAGAUUCAGAGCUGACAAGUCUAAGUUGGCAUGAAAAGGAUAAAGUCCUGCUGAUAGCUUCCAAUAAAGGCCGGAUCAGACUUGUAUCCGCUGAAUUCGAGGAGCUUGUAAGUGAAUUCACUUUAUUUUUUGGUUUUAGGCGUCAAAAAUUUACUUUAUGUAGUAAUUUAUCUUAUUUUAGGUAUCAUUUGACCAAGAUCAGGGAGUUUCUUCGGCAGCCUCGGAUGGAACUUUUAUAUACGCCGGGCUUUUUAAUGGCUCGAUAUUGACUAUCGAUUCGAGAUCAAAGUAAGCUUUCUGUUUUAAAUGUUAUUGCUUUAGGGAAGUUCUAUCGAUCUACCGGACAAACAGAGGUCGAGUUCACAAAAUUCAGAUCUAUGGAGAAGGCCUGCUGAUUUCGUUCGGUAGGUGACCUGACAAUUCCUUUAAUUUUUUACGAUGAAAGUAUCGGAUGACAAAAUUUAUAUUACACUUGAUACUAACCUACCAAUUUCAGCUAAUGGAUCCGUCAUUCUUUACAAGAGGGAGCCGCAAACUCUAAAACCAGUCUGCCUUUUUACCGGGGCCGAUCUGCAACCCGUUUAUGACUUUGCAGUCAACGAACAUCUCCUGUAUACAGCUGGAAAAGAUCAUUUUGUUAGAAAAUAUCGGCUACCGGCCCUGUGAAAUAUGAAUUAUUUUGUGCUAAUUGUAACGGUGAUUUUAUUUUUAGUAAAUACGGGUGUUUUUCCGUUCACUUUUGUACUUUAGAGAUCUCUUGUACAUAGGUUUCAUCGUAUAAAAUUGCUCGGGCGCAGAUCGCAGGAAAAAAAUAAUUCGAAAAUAGAAAAAAAGGUGAAGAUCGAGGGAAAGUUGAUGCAGUAGCUUGAUUUGUUGAGUUCUAUGUCGAUUUUAUCUUCUAAAAUUGUGGUUUAAAGGUAAGUUACUUUUUUAUGUUGUUUUAUGAAUUUAGAUGUAUUCCAAACUGAUUAUUCACCGAAGUGGGCCUUCUUGUUGUGUCCAAUCCGUCAGAUGCAAGGCAAUGCGAUAUAAGCCCAAAAUAGCUCCAGUAAAACAACAAAAGAGCCCGUCAAUGUUGGCGUUAGACCACUUUGAUUUCUAUUAUGGACCUUUGUUCGGAAAGAGAUGGCCUUCGAUAAGAUUGGGACUUUUAACUCAACACAAAUACGUUGCAGUCCUGAAUCGACUCAGUUUGGAUCAGGAGCGUAAUCAGGAGAUCUUGAAGGACCUGGGGACAGUUGAUAUGAUGGAAACGUUGACUCGGGGAAGAGAAAGAUUUGAGAGGAUGAAGGAAAAGGUCUCAAAUUUUGAUGGAAUCGUUGAGGAAGAAGCUAAAGAGGGUGUUGAAAGCGCUGAGAAUGUCGAGAAUGAGGAAACAGGGGAAAUUGAUCGAGUUCAUGGGGGAUUGGAAGAGUUCACACCUUCUGGAGGCGAUUAUCAAUUUGGACAAAUGAAAGAUUCGAUUACAGAGAAGGUGCCUGAUGUACAGUAAGUUUAUUUCUUAUUUCCUUUUUUGUUUUUAGGGAACGAAGAAGCUAUCUAAAUAUAAACUUUGUCGUUUAAAGCAUUAUAUUAUCUAUGAGCAUUCUAGUAUAACUGGUCUCGAGUUUCUCCAAUCCCAACUAAGAACAGAAGAAGGUUUAAUCGAAUAUCCACGAGACCUCAGGAUCUACUCUUAUGCACGCGAUGUCUUUGACAACUUCCCGGCACCAUUAAAGGACAAAAAUGGAAUCUCGAGUGAGAUUGUCAUGAGUAAUAUCUGAUUUGGAUUUAGGCUGGUGGUUGUUGGAUGGUGGCUCGGUUAUACCAGUAUUGGCCUUGGAUUUAAAAGACGACGACAACGUGUUAGAUAUGUGCGCAUCGCCUGGGGGCAAGAGCUUGAUGAUCAUUCAGACUGAAAAAUUUGGUGAGAAAUUUAUGUUGUAGUAGGUAAAAUGGGGAUAAGAAAACUCUACAAUUUGGGCAACGUUCUUUUUUUUGUCUCCAUAGGGGUACUCGGUACUUCUGUUUAACUUUUUGUUCUAACUUCAGCGACCUUAACUUGUAAUGACGGAAAACUCAGUCGGUUUGGUCAACUACGCCGCGGCCUCUCGAUGUAUGUCCCAGUAAGCUCCCCGUUAAAUGAACGGAUCAUCCUCAAACGAAAAGACGCCGGUUCUUUGGAAGGAUGGGAUGAAGAAGAUAUCUAUGAUAAGGUCCUGGUGGAUGCUCCAUGCACAACUGACCGCCUUUCUGCAACUAGCGAUGAGGGUAAUCUGUUUGGCGCUGGAUUUACACAGGAACGGUUGAAUUUGCCACAGUUACAGACCAGAUUAUUAAUGUGAGUACCAUGGAUAAUAUAAUCAUAGUUGAAAUUUGGGGAUUUUUGAGUCGUAAGAUAAUUCAAAUGCUUGUUUGACACCUAAAAGUAUUUCAGAAAUGCCUUGAGAUCAGUCCGAAUAGGCGGAUCAGUCGUAUAUUCCACUUGCACCUUAUCCCCAGCUCAAAAUGAAAGUGUCGUGGAGAACGCAGCGACUCUCGCCAGUGAACAUUAUGGUAUCGAAGUGGUCGAACAGAGCCUAAAGAAGAUGCAGAACCAGUUGAUGAACACAACCUUGUACCGGUUCUCCGAGAAUCCGCAGCGCGGCCUUCUGGUCGUCCCCAAUGUUCGCUCCAAUUUUGGUCCCAUGUUUAUCUGCAAAUUGAUUAGGAAAAAAUAA